ACUGGGACAAACCUCGUUGUAAUUUUGUGACAUAGCCACACACCAGACACCAUGUCAAACACCCUAAGGAUAGUCUCUUUAAUGUUAUUGGUAAAAGUUUCAACACGAUGGUGAUUUUCAAAAUCAAACAUUUUGUUAUAAAAUGUUGUGCUCAUUUUGAUUGUUUGUUUUCUUGUAAAGGAUUAAUUUGGUGUUAACUGCUGGGAUUAUUUAGUUAAUUUUUAAAGGAUUAAAUUGAUGUUAACUGCCGGGCUUAUUUGGCUACUUUUGUUUUAAAGGAUUAAUUUGGAGUUAACUGCUGGGCUUAUUUAGCUACUUUCUUUUGAAGGAUUGAUUUGGUGUUCACAGCUUGGUUUAUUUAGCUACUUUCUUUUAAAGGAUUAAUUUGGUGUUAACUGUUGGGCUUAUUUAGUUACUUUUUUUUUAAGGAUUCAUUUGGUGUUAACUCUUGGGCUUAUUUAGUUACUUUCUUGUAAAGGAUUAAAUUUAUGUUAACUGCUGAGCUUUUCGGAGAAUGUUACGUUAAGCUUUUUUCAGAUUUAGAAGAUUUUACACAACUAAUUAAAGAAUUCACUACUUGAGUUUCUUUACGAAUUCCUUUUAAAAAUCAAUUAGCAUUUUAGUUUAUAAGUACGAACAUAGUGCAGACUUUUUAUUUAAGAAAUAUUAGCAGAAAGCUUUUUGUGUAAGGAACUAAGAGUCUGACCUAACAUUAUUUUUUUGGAAUUAUGUUGUUUAGGUCAGAUGGUUUCCCAUAACUGAAUAUUAGUUGAACAUUUCGCAUAGGCGCAUAUUUAAAAGGUUUAAUGUAACUCUAAGGUAUGUCUUAUGUGUUAAACUGUCUAUAAGAAAUCAGUGGAAUAGAAAAAAAUAAUUCUUAAAUUAGAUAAUUUAAUGAAUAUUUUAGUAAAAUACUAUCAAAAUAUUCACACGCAAAAUUAAUAUUUCAUUAACCACUAUACAAUACUUGUGGGCAAAGUGUAGCUAUUGCAUUUUCCCUUUACUUUUAAGAGUUCUCUUACCCUAAUAGGUUGCACAAGAACAAAUAAGUUUGUCAUUGGUUGGCAUUGGUUAAAUCUUGUCACCGAAAUUAAUUGAAAACCGGACCCUCCGAUUUUAUAUAUUUAAAAUUCUUAUAAUAUUUUCUUUUAUAUUAUGCUUUUUUUUUAAACUCAUCAGCAGGCGAGAUACUUGUCAUACAUCCGAUAUUUCCAGUAUUAUUGUUUCAUAAAUGUGUGGAUCCUACUUUUCUAUUCUAGGCCUUCACCAUACAAAGCGUCUCAACACAGACAUGCAAAAAGACAGCUGAUGUCGUCCUCGCCGUAGACAUCUCCUUCUCCAUCACGACCGGCAACUUCCACGACUACGUCCUGCCCUUUCUGCAAAGCGUCGUCGCGGAAUUCGACAUCGGCCCGAACGAAUCGCAGGUCCAGGUCGGCGCCGUCACGUUCAGCGACAAGGUCCGUCUGGCUUUCCGCCUCAGCGACCACCGGGACGAGGACAGCCUGCUGAGGGCUGUAGGGGACAUCUACUACGCCGGCGGUGAGACGUACACCGACGCCGCCCUGAAGUACGUCCGCGACAAUAUGUUCACCUGGGCCAACGGCGGGCGGGACGACGCAGAGAGGAUUGUGAUUGUGCUGACCGACGGGAGAUCGUUCAGUAGGCCGAGGACGGUCGCGCAGGCCGAGGCAUGCCGUCAUCAGGGAAUCGUCCUGUUCGCUGUCGGGGUGGGGAGUGCCGACGUCAGAGAGCUGGAGGAGAUCGGGAACGCUCCGGCGGACGAGCAUGUGUUUUACGUCACGGAUUUCAACGCCUUGGAUAGCAUCCGGGCCUCUCUCACGGAUAACGCCUGUGGCGGGGAUAAGUCGGUGGGUUGUUUUCGUAAAGCGGUUAUGUCAUCCGAACUGUUCAGGUAUCACACCAGGUGUGAAGGUAUUAACAUAUUUAAGUGUGCGAGUAUCACAUCGUGUGUGCAAAGACUAAGUUGUUGAAGUAUUCAGGUAUUAUAUCAGGUGUGUGGGGUCGUUCGAAAAUAACAUCACGGUCAGGAGGGAGGGGUGUCGAGAAUUUGUGACAGGGAGGAAAAAGGGGGGGAAGGGGUCUGAAACUGUCAUUUUUGGCGUGACGUAAUUAGCUAACGACCCCUGUAGAGACUAGCAUCUUUAGGUGUUCAAGUAGUGCAUCGUGUGUGUAAAGACUAACGCGUUUAAACUUGACAAAGGGGCUUAACAUGAAAUGAAAAACAUUAAUAAAUAUAUAAUUUUUGAUUUAUAAAAUCUAUUUCAAAAACUGCUUCCAACCAUUCACGUUCAAUUUAUUUAUUUAUUUAUUUUCAAGGAUCCCGUCCUCAAUGACGACAGAAGUUCGUUUACACCCUGCCAGGGAUCCGCCGCUGACGUCAUCUUCGUCAUCGACCAGUCAUCCUCCAUCGGGGCCCGGAGAUUCUACGCCGACGUCAUACCCUUCCUGCAGAGCGUCAUCUCUGACCUUGACAUUGGCCCCGACGACACCCAAGUCCACGUCGGAGCCGUUCUGUUCGGCACGACCGCGACCGCUCCGUUCUUCCUGGGGGACCACCGCUUCAAAGACGACCUCCUCCGUGCCGUCUCAGACAUCAGAUACGCAGGGGGUGGCACUAACCUGCACCAAGCGUUGAAACUUGUCAAUGACGCCAUGUUCCGUUUGGAAAAUGGCGCCAGGACCGACGCGUCCAAGAUAGUAGUUCUCUUGACGGACGGCAGGGCAAACAAUAGGGUCCAGGCGGUUCAACAGGCCAGGGCGGCGCGGGAAAAUGGUGUCCAGAUUUUUGCCUUAGGCGUGG